AUGUCUUUCAGAAGAAGGGGAGAUAUAGUUGGAUCUGCCGUUCCGGUGAGGAGCCCGCCUGGUGUCGUUCCUGUACAGAGAGGACCUGCUGUGGGAAGACCUGUCCCCACUGCUACUAGACCUUUAGGAGCCAAACCCGCUUCGCAUGAAAAUAUACCAUUGAAGCAUCCGGGAGUAAAACCUUCGGUGUUUUCGUCUGUUCCAACUAUAUCCACUGGAUCGGCCGACCUGGACCGAGUCCUGGGUCAUGAUGGUCUUCCAUUGGGCCAAUCAUUGUUGCUCGAAGAAAAUGGAACGACCGAUUUCUCUUCCACCCUACUCAAACUAUUUGCAUCUCAGGGAAUAAUCCACAAUAGACUGGAUCCACAGAGACCAAAUACACAUAUCGUUGUAAUAGGUCCCGACCAAUCAUGGGCAAAGGCUCUUCCAGGGUUGUACAAAGGAAGCUCACGCGAACAGAAGAAGAUGCAGAUACAGCAAAACGAGACCAAGAUCAGUGUUUCGAACUUGUCGAAUGAAAAUGCCCCAAAUCGUGACAUGAAGAUUGCAUGGAGAUAUGGCGGAGCCAAAGAGGCCAAGAAUAACGAUACCAGUGUUUCCACACACCCGAACUAUACGCAUACGUUUGACAUCACCUCUUCAUUGAUACCGUCACCUAAUUCCUCCGAGAUCACCUAUCUAAGUAUAGGCGAUUCGCUCCAGAGUACCACAAAGCAACUGGAGUCAAUUGUGAAGCAUAAUAUUGACAAGGUAGUACGAAUAAUCGUGCCCUCUUUUCUGAACCCUGCUCUUUUUGAUAUGAGAUUGUGUCAGCACCAGCAAGUGAUAGCGUUCUUGUAUUCGCUAAGGGCUUUACUCAGAAAGUAUGCGAGAUCCACGGCCUUGGUGAUUUCUCUCAAUUUGGAUCUGUUCCCAAGAGACUCUGCUAUCGUUGCAAUGAUGGAGAAGCUUGUGGAUGGUGUGCUGGAACUGAAGCCAUUCGAGCCAAUACUGUACGAGUACAUGGAGAGAGUGUACAAAAAUCAGCCGACCAAGAUCAAACACGGUCAUUUGAACAUCACAAAACAGCCGUUAAUAUCUGAUCUGGGAAUGAUGACCAUCAAGGAAAUGGAGUUUUCCUUCAAAAACGGUAGGAAGAGGUUUGAGAUCGAGGAAUGGAGUAUCCCCGUGGAGGAAGAGGAAGAUGAAAAAUCACAAAACCCCACGAAUCACGAGAGCCAGACGACAACUAGCAUAGAAUUUUGA